AUGGAGGCGGAGAAGCCGGCCGGCCGGCGGCAGGUGCUGCAUCUCCUCUUAAGUCAGCCAAGGAGGAUAGGCCGCCAGAUCGAGGGCCAUGGGUGGAAGAAGUACACCUUCCUCGAAGUGUACUUCUGCGGCGAGCACAUGAAGGAGAAGAGGGUAUGCUCGCUGCUGCUCCCCGGCAGGCACGCCGACGUGAAGCCGUGGAAGGAACACUACGAGUUUCAGGUGGACGGUGGAUGGCGGCACCUGUGCCUCCGCCUCGAGGCCGUGCGCGAGGACUGCGACGUCGACGAGGACACGGGCCACGUGAAGGUGCUCCGCACGGACGAGCCGCACACCUCCGGCUGCUCCGCGGCCAUCGGGGCGGCGCAGGUGCGACUCCUGGACGCGCUGGUGCUGGGCGACGACGACGGCGACGACGAGGCGGUCGCGGAGAAGAAGAGUCGCCUGAGUCGCCUCGAGCUCCAGAAGAAUAAUGCUGAUCUGAAAAUUAUUCCGGCCAAGGGGACGCUGGUGUUCUACGAGAGGGUCGAGCUUCAGGGCUGGCGUCCCCCGCCCCCGGGGCCGGGCCGAAAGCCGACCAAUGUUGUUUGCGGCACCGUGGACGUGGCCCUGUACGUGACCGAGGGCGGCGCCGGCUCUGGCCGAUGA